AUGGAAGCUAGAAAGGGAAUUCCUGCAGCAUUCGUCGCUGCUUUCCGCGCUGGAUCGGUCAUGGGUUUCCUCCUGUCGGCAAACGGGCUGCUGGUGUUGUUCCUGACCAUCCUCGCGUACAGGAAGUACUACGGCGAUGACUGGGCCGGCCUGUACGAGUCCAUCACAGGUUACGGCCUUGGUGGUUCAUCUGUGGCCCUGUUUGGUCGUGUUGGUGGUGGUAUCUACACCAAGGCUGCCGAUGUUGGUGCGGAUCUCGUGGGCAAGGUUGAGAGGAACAUUCCCGAGGACGAUCCCAGGAACCCUGCUGUGAUUGCUGACAACGUGGGGGACAAUGUGGGUGACAUUGCGGGCAUGGGUUCUGACCUGUUCGGCUCCUUCGCCGAGUCGACCUGCGCGGCGCUUGUGAUCUCAGCCCUGUCUCAGCCUGGAAAGGACCACGAUUUCUCCGCCAUGUGCUUCCCUCUUCUGGUCAGCGGUGCCGGUAUUCUCGUGUGCCUGAUCACCACCAUCAUCGCCACGGAUAUUCAGCAAGUGAAGGAGAAGGCUGAGAUUGAGCCGGCAUUGAAGAAGCAGCUGGUCAUCUCCACUGUGCUGAUGACUCCUGUGAUCUUCCUCGUUGCGUUCUACGCUCUUCCGCCUACCUUCAAGAUCACAGUUUUCGCUGGCAUGUACGGCAUUGCCCUGGCUGCUCUUGGCAUGCUGAGCACUCUUGCAACUGGUCUGGCCAUUGAUGCGUAUGGGCCAAUCAGUGACAAUGCUGGUGGCAUUGCUGAGAUGGCGGGUAUGGGUGAGGAGAUCCGUGAGCGCACCGAUGCUCUGGAUGCUGCUGGAAACACCACUGCUGCUAUUGGCAAGGGCUUUGCCAUUGGUUCUGCUGCACUCGUGUCCCUUGCUCUGUUUGGAGCUUAUGUCAGCCGGGCCAAGGUUAACGUGGUCAAUGUUACUGAGCCCCAGGCCUUCGUCGGGCUCCUUGUUGGUGCUAUGCUGCCCUACUGGUUCUCUGCCAUGACCAUGAAGAGUGUGGGCAAGGCUGCUCUUGCAAUGGUGGAGGAGGUCCGUCGCCAGUUCAACACGAUGCCCGGCCUGAUGGAGGGAACCACGAAGCCAGACUACAAGAAGUGCGUGGAGAUCUCAACUGCUGCCUCUCUGCGUGAGAUGAUUCCCCCUGGCGCGCUUGUGAUGCUCAGCCCUGUGAUUGCGGGAACCCUGUUUGGAACCACUACCCUUGCUGGCAUGCUGGCGGGUGCGCUGGUGUCUGGCGUCCAGAUUGCCAUUUCUGCGUCCAACACUGGUGGUGCGUGGGACAAUGCCAAGAAGUACAUUGAGGCUGGAAACUCUGCUCAUGCCAAGAGCCUUGGUCCCAAGGGCUCUGAUCCCCACAAGGCUGCAGUUAUUGGCGACACUGUUGGUGAUCCCCUGAAGGACACAUCAGGCCCGUCCCUGAACAUUCUGAUCAAGCUGAUGGCUGUGGAGUCGCUGGUGUUUGCUCCCUUCUUUGCCACUCACGGUGGCAUCAUCUGGGGAGGCAAGUAG